AUGGCCUCAAGGUUGCCUGGUGACAUUAUCUACCUCAUCGUGGAGAUCCUGGGAGAAGAGAGGGACUUCAACAGCCUGUUCCAGUGUGCUGUGUCUGCGAAAUGUUUUACUGAGCAAGCUGUCACCACUAUAUAUAAAUCACACGAGCUCUCGCCUGUCAGAGGCGGCGGGACUGAACUUGGCAUCCUGGACUCGACACAUACUCGACGAAAAUGGGCCACUAUGUGGCGCUCUAUUGUGCUUUCUGCUCUUGAUCAAACCUAUCUUCCGUACUACAGUUACAUCCGGUAUUUGGAUCUUAACGAUUUAUCGAAUCUCCUCAGCCAUAGCUCGUUCACUGGGAAGAUCAAAGACGACUUCUUUACUCCCGAACUUCGGGAUCUUGUGUCUCACGGUUAUGAGCUCAAGGGAAAUAAGCGUCUUCGCUCACUGCGGACACUGCCUGACAAUGAUUGGAUCUUAUCCAAGAUCGGUGCUGAACUCCCUCGAUACGCGGAAUGUCCUGCGACAAAUCUGACUAUCUGGUCUGGAGUUUCCCUAACUGACCAUGCCGGUGACAAAAUCCGAACCCACUGCCCCGAUUUCAGGCAAAUCACGAUAUAUCGAUGGAUCGACGAACAAGGCCGAAAUUCGGAGACUGAUGCUGAGGAGUUUCUCCACGGACUCCAGCCUGACAGUCUUGAGUAUUUCGAGAUGCUGAGCUCUUGUCAGUUAGGGCCACGUUCGAUAAGAGCCAUCGGCACGCAGUUGAAAUCACUAAAAGAGCUGAAAUUGACAAGCCUUGGGAUUGAAGCAAUUGCAGAGUUGCCUUCAUUAACAGCGCCGCCAGUGCUGGGGGUGCUUGUACUGACCGAUUCAAUACCAGCAGCGCGGAACGAAGACUUUUAUUCCACAGUCAGUCGAGUUGCCGAUUGGAUUGGUACCUGCAAGGCACUGCGACACCUGGAGCUUAGAAGAUUUGUCGAUGACACGUUUCUACUGGCACGUGUCCUGGUUGCCGAGGAUAUUAAGCUGCUGAGUUUGUCUCUGACUGGGUACACAAUGGUUGGCUCCCGUCACUUCCACAGAGCUUUGGCGUCUCAAGAUUCUCUGCAACGUCUCAGUCUCCGAGGUGAAGGGUCCGAGAUCCCCGAAGAUAAUGAGUUGCUUGUCCAAGCCAUUUGCCAGCUACACAAUCUGCAUGAACUCGAGCUCAAGGAUAUUUCCGAUUAUUUCACACCAGAUCAUCUUAUGUCACUCACACCAUAUCUUCCCCAUUUGGAGAAAUUGUGGAUCGGAGGUGAUCUCUUCAAUGAUGACGUAUGGAAUGCAUUUUUAUGCCUUCCAAAGCUACGAAGUCUGGCCAUCCAUGCGCUCAGCGAGUUCACGGCUCAGGGUAUACUCGAUUUCAUCGCGCAAUUGGGGCCCGGUAACACAGGGAUGAGUCUCACGAUUUUGAACUCAAUAACAAGUCUCACAGAGGAAGCACAGAGCUUGAUUCGCGAUAUUUUGAAACACAAUCUUGAUGGGACCUUUGACUUCGGUCUUGCACAGGGUGAGCGCCAGAUCUCAGCCUGA